GAGACUACAACUCGCUCAAGAUCAUGGCUACUGCAGCAGUCGAAGGAAACGCGAUGCAAAAUUAUGUAAAACCUGAACAUGGAGGGAUGCAACCUGGCGGAUUAUCCGUUAAAAGUAACUCAAUUCACGACUUAAUUUUUGUCAAGUUGAAGGAAAACCCCAAUCCAGAAUCUGGAAUUCAACAGGCUAUGAAGCUGCUGGCAAGCAUGAAUGAAGAUCUAUUUCGAAUCACUCAAAAACUACAGGAGAGACAGCAUGAUGAUAUCCUGGCUUGUUUCGAAUUAGACCGGUUAGAAAAUAGAGAGAAGCGUUUCAGAUGGACGUGGACCGAUAACGGGAAGAAACUCGCUUCUCUAAAACGAGACCUAGACAAGCUGACUUUUGCAAACAAUGCAUAUAAGGAGAGAGCUGUCAAGACAGAAGGGAAGAUUAAUAUCCAUAACUUAAAUUUUGUAAUGCAUCAUGGAAGCAAUAACAUGGCCAAGGAAAAGAAGCUCUUGAAAGGGAUCAAUGACAGACAGAAGAAAGGAGAUCAUUGUGAUGAUCCAGGUCUAUCAGUAGUCCAAGAGAUUAGCGAUCGCAUACGCAGGUUGCGCUGGGAUAUUAGUAGGAAAUAUUUCUUCCCAAAACCUGCCAUCAGGGUUGAUGAACAGCAAGUUCUCAAAGAGAUUGCUGAGCUUAAAUGGGCAAGGGAUAAAGCCUUUGCUAAUGCUCCUGUGGAGGGAAAGACUUGGAAUUCUUUAGCUUCAAAAACUGUCAUCAAACAACAAAUAAAGCGUAUGGAAAAGGCGUCAUGCGAUGAAGACAGGAAGAAACAUUUGCAGAUGAGAGCUAAAAUUCAGGUGCUCAAGCAAGAAAUAGAUGUUGUAAAGAAGGAUAUUGCUUCUUUGAAGAGGCAACUGUUAAAUGUACGCAGGAAAAAAGGGGAGGCUUACAAAGUUAUUCUGAAGCUGAUUAAGAUCCAAAAUCAGGCAAUUUGCUGACUUUCGCCUUAUAUCUUGAAACUAUUUCACUUGUCCUUUUAAGUACCUUCUCAAUUAAGCUUAGCUUUGCUUGAAGAAUCAUUUGAAGAAGAGUACUUCAAUUUUUGACUCAUUUAGCUUAAUAUUAAAAGCUAAAUGCAUGUAUCAUUAUUUG